AUGAAGAAAGCGGGAUAUUCGAAAGUAGUGAGUGGCGCACACCACACAAGUCCUCUUCUUUUCCAUCUCGCUCUGCACACACAUGCACACACAGCGACUGAGAUGCCUAUAUUUCUCCUCUUUGACCACAGUAUUCCUGUCAGAUACAAAUUGAUGCAAACAAUCAAUCUGAGAUCGCACACUUUUACUAUAUUAAAGCACAGAAAAGCCAAGGCAUUUUGCCAAGGUAGUCUGCAAACUAUUAUCCCCAAUCAUCCUCUAAAAUAA